AUGUCACAAAGUCGAGAAAUAAAAGUUGAUAUUCAGGAAAACCAAAUACAACAAUCAACUCCCGAUCUAUUUCAUCAACAAAAGAACGCUUCUCAACAAAACCCACAGCCAUCAAAACGACAUCAUAUUCGCCGAUCAUUCCAUUCAUAUCCAUCUACAAUUCGUAUUAUGUAUGGUCACCUUGUUUCACUUAUCAUAUUUUUAGUUCGUCAAUUAUUUCGUUCGAAUAAUCUUCCUUUCUUCUUAACAUUUAUUUGGCAUUCGUUCUUAUUAAAGAGUCUUUUGUUUUCCUCAAGAAAUUAUUUAAAAAGGUAUACUAUAGGAAAGGAUAAAAGAGAUAUAUCACACGCGAUUUCUGUUGAUGUUGUUAAAAGAUUAGGUGGAAUCAAUUCAUCAUCGGCUUUAUUGGCUUUAUUGGCUUUGAUAAGAUUUAGCAGAGAUAUGACAGCACAAAAAGUUGCUUUAUUGGUUUUGGCUAUGGCGAAUGGCACACAAACUUGGUUAGAUUUCACAUGUUGGAAAAGUGGAAGAUGGAAUUGGGCAUUAUUAACAAAAUUUGGUGGUGGAAAUGGUACAAUUGCUCUUGUUAACAUCAUUGCUUAUGGUGUAUCUGUUGCAAAAACUGGAUCCAUCUUAUAA